AUGUCCAGCGCCGAGCUCGUACAGGCCUACCGCCGCCUCUACCGCAGCGCCCUGCGCGCCGUCCAGUUCUCGAAACCCGCCCGCUAUGUCGUCCGCGACCAACUGCGCGCUGCCUUUCGCGGUGAGCGCACCACUUUGACGAGCGCGGCCAACAACGAGGGUGCGCAGCCGUUCGACCCCGAGGCCGUGCGCCGCACCGUCUGGUUCCUCAACUCGGCGGCCGAGUACCGCGGCAUCGAGCACAAGAUCCUCCGGAACCUGCUGAAGACGGCGUACUGGCGGCGCAAGGAGGCGGCCGCGCGGCAGGCGCCGUGGAAGGUCGUGCACCAGCAGAAGAAGCCGAAGCCAGAGUGCGUUCAAUGA